GAUUGAAGAAAAUAAUAUUAUUUUGUAUAUCUGAGUAGUUUCAAAUAGACAUCUUGAAAAGAACAUUCAACCACAUUCGUAAAAGGAACGAUUGAAAUGGCGCGCAUUUUAAUUAACUUGAUCGUGCAAUAUAACAAAAUUGAAUAGUCGUUCGCGGUGAAUGACUUUAUACAAUUAACGUUCAUUAACAGUAAAAGGCUAAUGAUCUUUGCAAUUAGAGAAGAACGCCAAAUGAAAUGCCAAGUAAAAUAUAAUAAACUCGUGAUUUCCGUGUAAUUAGCGUUAUCGCAAAAAUUUUAUCCAAAUAGAUGUUAACAACCGAAGAUUGAAAAAAAUUGGUAAAAAAAGGGUAAAGAUCGAUCGAUCGAUAGAUCAUCCUUCGGUCAAACUUAUCCGAAAAAGAAGAAUGAAUGAACGAACGCAGAAACGAAGACAAUGAUAAAUGUUAGCAUAGUAGAUGCUCUAUAUAGAGUUUAAUGGAUAUAACAUAAGAGGAUAUGUAUACACACACGUGUAGAAAGGAUACCAUGUGGUUCCAGCAUGUGUGGACCAUCCUUCUUGGGGAGAGCCACCCACCCCCACCCUCCUUCGAGUCGUUGCUUCUCGAUGACCCUUUGGCUUGACAGUCUGCAUCGAGAAGCCGCUCGAACAUCUUAUAUUAUCGUUCAUGACGCUUCGCGUUGGUUCCUCUUUCUCUUUCUUUCGCAUAAUUUUCGUUACGUGCUCGAAAGAGGAGAGAGAAAAGAAGAACGAAAGAGAAUAGUGGAGUGUGGGUAGAGAGAAAGAAAGAAGAGAGAGAGAGAGAGAGAGAGGAAAUAAAAGGCCCUUAGUAGGUAGGAUUUUCAAACAGAAUCGUUGAUAAAAUCGAAGAUCUCGGUUGUCGGUCGUCCACGGACGGACCGGCGGUGGUGGAUCGUUGAUCGAUUCUGUCACGAUGUCAGGGUGGUGGUGGUUACACGUAAUAACACAUCUUCUCCUGAUCGGUCUAUUGGUAAAAAAUUCAAAGUCCGAAAGUUUAACGCCACCGUAUUUCAAUCUUGCCGAGGGCAAGGAGAUCACUGCUUCGGCCACGUGCGGAGUCGAUACUCCUGGACCAGAACUUUACUGUAAACUUGUUGGCGCGAAUGCCGAUCAAGAUGAGGACAUCAAUUUAAUUCAAGGACAGGUAUGCGAUGUUUGCGAUCCAGAUAGUCCGGAAAAAAAACACCCUCCGGAAUAUGCUGUCGAUGGUAUGGAAACUUGGUGGCAAUCACCACCACUUUCUAGAGGCAUGAAAUACAAUGAAGUGACUUUAACAAUUGAUUUGGGUCAAGAAUUUCACGUAGCGUAUGUCUACGUGCGUAUGGCAAAUUCACCAAGACCCGGGCUGUGGGUACUUGAAAAAUCAAAAGAUCAUGGAAAGACCUGGUCACCUUGGCAAUAUUUUGCGGAAUCCGAUAGCGAUUGCGUAACAUUUUUUGGCGUUGAUAGUCAUAAACCCAUUACUAGAGACGAUAGUGUUAUUUGUACUACUGAAUAUUCGAAGAUAGUACCCCUGGAGGGUGGUGAAAUACCGAUUUCUAUCUUGAAUAAUCGUCCAUCGGCGAAACAUUAUUUUAAUUCAUCGGAAUUACAAGAAUGGACGAGGGCGACCAACGUGCGCUUUCGUUUUCUCAGAACAAAGAACUUAUUGGGGCAUCUUAUGUCGGUUGUUCGUCAGGAUCCUACUGUGACGAGACGAUAUUUUUAUUCAAUCAAAGACAUCAGUAUCGGUGGUAGAUGUAUGUGUAACGGUCAUGCGGAUACCUGCGAUAUCCAAGAUCCUAGCGUACCAAAUAAACUUGUCUGUAGAUGUCAGCACAACACUUGUGGACCACAGUGUGCGACCUGUUGCAAAGGUUUUGAACAGAAGAAAUGGCAACAAUCUACGUCUUUUAAGAAAUUUACCUGCGAACCUUGCAAUUGUUUCGGUCACUCGGAUGAAUGUAUUUAUGAUCCGAAAAUUGAUGAAAAGCAUUUGUCUUUGGACAUACAUGGAAACUAUGAAGGUGGUGGAAUAUGUCAAAAUUGUAGAGACAAUACGAAAGGUAUUAACUGUAAUGAAUGCAAACCGAAAUUCUAUAGACCACUGAAUAAACCUCUCAAUGCUACUGAUGUAUGCCAACCAUGCAACUGUGAUUACUUUUAUUCAACCGGAAAUUGUGCUGAUGCUACUGGUAAAUGUGAAUGUCGCGAGGAAUUUACGCCACCAAAUUGCGAUACAUGUAAUCAUGGAUACUUUGGAUAUCCUAAAUGCCGUCCUUGUGAAUGUCAUUUACAAGGAACCGAUGGAUAUUAUUGUGAAGCAGGAGAUGGCCCAUGUCCUUGUAAAACAAACUAUGCCGGUCAUUACUGUGAUCUCUGUGCAGAAGGCUAUUAUAAUUUCCCUGAAUGCUUACCUUGUGACUGCAACGAACUUGGUUCUCGGAAUAAUGUUUGUGAUGUUCUUUUUGGUAAUUGUACAUGUAGAAAUAAUUAUGGUGGAAGAACUUGUAAUAUUUGCGAAGACGGUUAUUUCAACUAUCCUUCAUGUACAUAUUGCAACUGUGAUACAAGAGGUACGAAACAAGGAAUUUGUAACAAAAACGACGGUGUAUGUUUGUGCAAAGAGGGCUAUGGUGGUACUAGGUGCGACCAAUGUAUUAAUGGAUAUUAUGGAUAUCCUAACUGUAGACCAUGCAACUGCAGUUCCAUUGGUUCUUCUUCCAUUAGUUGUGACAGCAUAGGAAAAUGUUCUUGCCUUGCAAAUUUUGCUGGAAAGGCCUGUGAUCAAUGUAGUCCAGGAUAUUACAUGUAUCCAGAAUGCAUAGCUUGCAACUGUGACAGCCAUGGAGCAAUUGGCGUAUCCUGCGAUGCGGAAGGCGAUUGUCAAUGCAGAGAAAACUUUGAUGGAUCGAGGUGCGAUCAGUGUAAAGAGGGCUUUUAUAAUUUCCCAACUUGCGAAGGAUGUAAUUGUGAUCCAGCAGGUAUUGUUGAAACUUUCCAAGGAUGUGGUAGUUUACCAAUAGGGGAACUUUGCCAAUGUAAGAACCGUGUGGAAGGAAGGAUUUGUAACAAAUGCAAACCUUUAUAUUGGAAUUUGCAACAACAUAACGCAGAAGGAUGUGAAGAAUGCCAAUGUAAUAUACCGGGUGUUAUUGGGAGUAUUGGUGAAUGUGACGUGAAAACUGGUCAGUGCAUUUGUAAACCUGGAGUGACCGAUAGAAGUUGCAGUCGAUGCAUCGAUGGAAGUUAUAAUCUUCAAGAGAACAAUUUAUUCGGUUGUUCCGAUUGCAACUGUGAUAUUGGUGGAUCUGUUAAUCCUAUUUGUGACAAGCAAACUGGACAAUGUCAAUGUCAGCCUCGCGUAACGGGUUUGACAUGUAAAGAACCUCUAGAGGCACAUUAUUUUCCAACUCUUCAUCAAUUCCAAUAUGAAGUAGAAGAUGGCAGAACUUCUAGUAACAGUCAAGUACGAUAUGACUUUUCAGAACAUUUUUUCCCAGGUUAUAGUUGGAAAGGAUAUGCCGUAUUUUCUACUCUACAAGACGAAAUUAUUCAAAAUGUUUAUAUACAUAAAUCUUCUUUAUAUCGUAUGGUUAUGCGGUAUGUCAACCCUAACAAUGAGCCGAUUCUUGGAACUAUUAAAAUUACACCAGAUAGUCCUGCUGAAGUGGAACAGGAAUUUAAAGUUCAAUUUAAGCCAACGACGAAACCAUCGUUCGUUACAGUUGCAGGAGCCCAUGACAAUCAUCCUUCACCUAUGGUGAUGAAUCCUGGGUAUUGGACUAUUAGUAUAGCUAAUAAGAAAAGUCUUUUCCUAGACUAUUUCGUUCUGUUACCAUCAGAAUAUUAUGAAGCAACUAUUUUAACUCAAGAUGUUAACAUACCUUGUAAAGUUGGUUAUAAAGGACUCUGCCGUCAUUAUGGAUAUCCCAACUUAAUAAAUUUUGAUUCUGUUCGCGGUACUGGAGGUUUUCUCAAUGACAACAACAUAAGAAUAUCUUUGACAGAAUAUUUCUCAGAUAAAGAGACCCUUCAAGAAAUCGAUGCAGAAGAAAUGCCAGUUAUCAAUGAUAGUCAAGAAGAGAUUCACUUUGAACUUAGAAUAUCUAAACCAGGCCCACAUGUGCUUGUUAUAACAUACGUUACCUCUGCAGAAGAUAGCGAGACUUCUGUGUUAUUGAUCGAAGCAAAUACCGUUGGAAAAGGCAAAGUUACACUUUAUCCUUGCAGAUAUACAAGCAUUUGUCGACAAGUUGUAACCGAUACAUAUGAUAGAGUUGCCAUUAUGAACUUCCAGUCAAAUUACGUAAGCAUAGUUUUAACUGGAGAAUCUACUUCAAAUAUUGCGAUUCACUCAAUCGUUGCUAUUCCAUAUCAUCGCUGGUCCUUAGAUUAUAUCAAACCAAAAUCUGUCUGUGUUAGAAAAAAUGGUAAAUGCGUACAAGGCCUUUUCCCUAGCGCACCCGAUUCCAAAAAGAUCGAAUUUGAAUCUAAUAAUGCGGUUAUUGAAAUGGAUAGUCGGCCAUACGGUAUUUACGAUAAUACCACUAAACUAAUUUAUUUAAAUGAUAAAGAUGCAAUGGUAGAUAUUCAUGCCAAAGUUCCAGAACCUGGGGACUAUGUUUUCAUCGUACAAUAUUAUCAACCAGAUCAUCCAAAAUUUGAUUUAGACGUACUAGUACAAAAUGGAAAGUUUUAUGAAGCUAAAGUUUCUGUACCCCAUUGUCCAAGUAACAGUGGUUGUCGCAGCAUUGUGCAACAAGUAGAUGGCAAUACUCGAUUUCAAUUAAUUGAAAACUUUGUGAUUACAUUUAAAGAAAGCAGUGGAAAUGGUAUUUGGUUGGAUUACAUAUUAGUCGUACCUGCAGACCAAUAUAAUGAUAAAAUUCUAACAAAAAUACAGUUCGAUCAGACUAAGGAAUUCCUUAAAAAGUGUGGUAAUAAUCAUUUCUAUAUAAACGUAACAGAAGAAGGAUUUUGUAGAGAUUCCAUAUUUUCAUUGACCGCUAAUUACAACAAUCGUGCUUUAUCCUGUAAUUGUGACAUUUAUGGUACAACUAGUUUUAAAUGUGAGAAGUUUGGAGGACAGUGUCCGUGUAAACCUAAUAUUAUUGGUAGAAGAUGUGAAAUUUGUAAAACAGGAUAUUAUGGAUUUCCUAAUUGUAAACCUUGUUCUUGUCCCAGUAAAAUACUUUGUGAACCUGAAACUGGUGAAUGUAUUUGCCCUCAAAGAGUCAUUGGUGAACGUUGCGAUCAAUGUAAACCAGGCACCUAUGGUUUUGAUCACAUAAUUGGAUGCGAAGAAUGUAAUUGUUCUUUUCUUGGCGUGAUCAAUGGCGAUAUGCAAUGUGAUUUGUUUAAUGGCAACUGUAGAUGUAAAGAAAAUGUGGUUGGAAGGCAAUGUGACAAAUGCAUAUCUGGAUAUUCACAAUUUCCUCACUGUGAAAAAUGUGACUGUGACGUACGAGGAACAACAUUAGAUAUUUGCGAUCAGUAUACUGCUGAAUGUUUCUGUAAAGAAAAUGUUCAAGGUUCUGCUUGUGAUGUUUGUAAAGAAGGAACCUUCAACAUUCAAGCAAGCAACGAAGAAGGUUGUACAAAAUGCUUUUGUUUUGGAAAAACAACACGUUGUACUUCCGCAAACCUCUACAGAACUCAUAUUUUGGAUAUGAACAACUGGGAACUUGCAGUACAAAAUGAGAAGACUGGAAAUUUAUCAUUUCUAACAACGAUACCUCAGGAAAUAAAUUCAACUUCUAUAAUCACUGAUCUAAUAGCUAAUGACAUGUUGGAAAAUAUCGUGUACUUUGCAGCUCCUGAAAGUUAUCUUGGCAAAAAGUUAACUUCAUAUGGUGGAUUUUUAAAUUAUACGAUAAGCUAUAAUACUGGACCAUUUGGAAAAGCAGUAAGUGCGGCGGAUGUAAUUCUUCAAGGUCCAGAUACAGUUCUUCUUUUCUAUGGUGACGAGCAACCACCUUCUUUUACAAAUUUUGUAGCAUCUGUUGAGCUUAUAGAAACCAACUUUGUGACACUAAGUCGCUUAAGUGUUACUAGAGAACAAAUUAUGGUAGUUCUUGAUAAUCUUCAAGGUAUAUAUAUUCGAGCUACAUACUGGAACCCUAGCAUUUUGGCUACAUUGUCCUAUGUUAGCAUUGAUAUUACAACAGAACAAUACUCUGCUGAGUACAGUAUCCCAGCCAGUAGUGUAGAGCAGUGUCAAUGUCCACCAAAUUAUCAAGGAUUAUCUUGCGAAGAAUGUGCUCCAGGAUAUUACAGAGUACAAUCAGGUCCUUACGGAGGAUAUUGCGUACGAUGUCAGUGUAAUGGUCAUGCGGAUACUUGCGAUGUUAAUACCGGCGUCUGCCACGAUUGUAAAAAUGGUACCAAAGGCGAUCAUUGUGAAUUCUGCCAACAAGGAUAUUACGGAAAUGCAACUAUCGGCACUCCUUCAGAUUGUUUAAUUUGUGCUUGUCCACUUCCUGUCGCAUCUAAUAAUUUUGCGUUAGAUUGCGAAGUAAAUGAAGAAGGUAACAAAAUCAGCUGUGAAUGUCUUCCUGGCUAUUAUGGUGCAAGAUGCGAAACUUGCAUUGCCGGAUACUAUGGAAAUCCAGAAGUUUAUGGCGAUUACUGUAAGCCUUGCGAAUGUUCGGGUAAUAUUGAUACUAAUCAAGUUGAUUCUUGUGAUUCUAUCACUGGAGAAUGUUUACACUGUUUGUACAAUACGCAUGGAGAAGCUUGCAAUUAUUGCGCGCCUGGAUAUUUUGGCGAUGCUGUAGAAAGAAAAGAUUGUCAAAGUUGUUCGUGUAACAAAUGUGGAAUGAAACAUUGCGAUAAUCACACUGGUCAGUGUCAUUGUAAAGAAAAUGUUAUCGGUGAACAGUGCGAUCUUUGCCUAGAAAAUCAUUAUGGAUUUGAUUCUUGCGAAGGUUGUAAGUCUUGCGAUUGCAAUAUUGCUUCAGAUAGCAAACAAUGUAAUGAAACAACUGGCCAGUGCCAAUGCAAACCCGGUGUUACCGGACGGAGAUGCGAUCAAUGCACUCCUGGUUAUUGGAAUUAUGGUCCAGAUGGUUGUACAUCAUGUGGUUGCAAUACUGGAUAUUCCGUUGGUGCAUCCUGUAACACAACUACGGGACAGUGUUCUUGUCUUCCUGGUGUUAUUGGUGAAAAGUGCGAUCACUGUCCAUAUCGUCACGUUUUGAUCCCAGGACAAGGUUGCUUUGCAUGUGAUUCUUGUACCGGUGAUUUACUUGAUGUUACUGAUUUACUCUCAGAUCUUCUAAAUCCUGUAUUUCAUGAAUACAAUAUGGUAGCUGAAAGUUAUUUUACAAAUCAGCGUUUAAAAUUCAUUAACGACACAGUCAAUGACUUUUAUUCAGAAGUUAUGCUACUUGAUCCAAAAAGAAUUAAUUUCUUACCGUUACAACAAAACUUAUCGCGUCUUGGACAAGAAGUAUCGAGCCAAAAACGUCGUUCCGAUUAUGUUGCUGAAGAUAGUAUCAAAUGGAAACUCGGUGCUGAAAAUACUUUAAAUAAUAUGACUGUUUUAGAGGAAGAUGUAAUACGUGAGAUAGCUUUAGUUAAUUUAAUAGUAUCCGAAGUGCAAUCAUUGGCUACCAAUAUAGAGCUUAGACCAGGUGGUAAAAUCGAAAAUACGGUAAAAAAGGCAGAACAAAUUCUGAACAAAAUAAAAGAGGUAUCUUUCGUUAAUUUCCGCGAUAACGCAAUCGAUCAAGCUAAUCAAGCUAAUAUUCUCGUAUCGGAAAUGUUACAAUAUAAUUCUCCAAUAAAUAAUCUGACCUCAAUGGCGUCAGAUUUACAAGACAAGAUUAAAAAUAUUAGUACCAAAAUGGAUGACUUGCUUGAUAUAACAAAAAAAACUGAAGCGUCAGUAGCCGAUGUUGAAGAUCUCAAUAAAGAUAAUAGAAUGGCUGCGGAAUCUAUCAACUUUGAUACCGUUAAAAAUAUUUCGUCUGAGGCUAAAGAGGAUCUAAACGCUGGCACGGAACUUAAUAAAAAUGCAACUCAACUGUUAAAUGAAACUGAUGCUAAUAUUAAGAUUUUAGAUUCUAAUACAUUGCAAGAUAUAGUCAUGGAUUUAAACAAUACCAUUUUGCAAAAUGACGAAAAGCUUAUUAAUUUAGAAGGUCUUUUAAAAAAAGCAAAUGAUCAUGCUGAAUCUCUUUACAGUCAUUCUUUAAAAUUGGACAAUCUAUUGACAGAUACACGUAAUACAAAUGCUGUACGUGCUGUUUCUGCAUAUAGGAAUAUUGAAAAGGCCAUCCAAGAAGCUAAUCAUGCUGCUCUUAAUGCUUCUUAUGCUACUAAUAAUGCAACAGCAUCAUUUUCCACGAUAGAACAAGAAAUAAAAAAUUCUCUCGAUCAAUCUGCAAAUUUGCUUGCCUCUGCAGAAAUAGUAUUGGAAGAAACUACAGGAAAAUCUGAAGAAAAUCUUCAGAUUGCAAGGGCUGAAAAAGUAUUUACGGAUUCUCAAAAUAAAAACAAUCAAAGAUUAUUAGAUUAUAUUGAUAGCGCGCUUUCAAGUAUUCCAUCGCAAUCAUCAUCGGUAGCACGUGAUGCCGUCGGUGAAGCUACUAAAAUAGAAUACAAUAUAACAAAUCUUAUGCAAAACAUAAAUGGUACAAUCGAAAGUAUACCAAAUGAUCUCAAAAGAACUAAACAGCUUAUAAGGGAUAUGUCCGAAUCUAUACGAGAUAUUUCACAGGCUAAGAAACAAUUGGACGUUGUCAGUAAAAUGGCACCUAAUAUUAACAAUUUUCUUAGCGAUUUGAGUAAAAACCAAAAAGCGAUGGAUGAAACAGGAAACGAUCUUCAAAAUAAAAUGAAUGCUUUAAAGAACAAGAUAGCAAAUGCUAGAGAAUUAGCAGACAGAUUUAAAACAGGUCUGACCUUCUACCGAAACACUACUUUGGAAUUGAAAAAUCCAGAAAGCUUACCCCUGUUAGCAACAUCUAGUAAAAUUUCAUUAUAUUUCCGUACGAAUAAAACUAAUGGCUUCCUUUUAUAUCUUGGAAAUGAAGAAAAAGUCAAAUUACCACGUGCAAAAACACAUGACUUUAUGGCACUUUUAAUAGAAAGCGGAUAUCCAGUACUUAUACUAGAUCUUGGCUCUGGACCAAUGAAAGUUAUUAGUAAUAAAUUUGUAUCCGAUAAUGUUUGGCGUCAGAUAAUUAUUGAUAGAACUGGAAAAAAUGUGAAAUUAAUAGUACGCGAGGAUAUUGGCGAGGGCAGAGAAAAAGAGUAUGAAACGGAAAAAGUAUUACCAGGAGCAUAUUCUAUAUUUAACGUCGAUCAAGAACAUUCAAAACUAUUUGUUGGAGGAUAUCCUUCUUCUUUUAAUAUUCAAGAUGCAGUAACAGCAUCCUCUUUCGAGGGUGAAAUGGAAGAAUUAGUAAUUGGCGAUAUGCCAGUUUCUUUCUGGAACUUUAUGGAUGGUGAAAAUAAUAGAGAAGGUGCUAACGAAAGAGACAAAUUGAUAAACUUCCAAUCUAGUACAGGGUUUAGAUUCGAUAAGCAUGGAUAUGCAAUUUUAAGUAAACGAAAUGCUCAAAUAUCACAGGAUAGUAGAAAGUUUAGUAUAAAAUUAAAAUUCAAAACAUUCGCGGAUAAUGGCUUGAUAUAUCUAAUGGGCAAGGGUAAACAGUUCUUAUCUUUGGAGAUGAGAAAUGGCCAGAUACUAUAUCAGUACGAUCUUGACGACGGUGAAGUUUCUCUGACAUUAACCAAUAAACUUAAUGAUGGCGAGUGGCACAGUUUAGAAGCAUUGAGAUUUGAAAAGAUUGGUGUUCUUAAAAUUGAUGGUUCAAUGGUUUCACGAGGUGAAGCUAAGGGCAAUACUAAAACUCUUCAAUCCUUGGAUUAUAUUUAUUUCGGAGGAUAUCCACCUAAUGCUAAGCAUCCUUAUAAACCAGUUACGAAUAGUGGUUUCGAGGGAUGCAUCGAUGAUGUCGUUAUUCUUGAUACAUCGGUUGAUCUUAGUAGCAACAUACAAGCCUUUGGAGUUAUACCUGGUUGUCCAGCUCGGUUCGCUAGUUUGGUAUCUUUUGAAGAAAAUAUGCCAGGAUAUGUGAAAUGGAAUAACGUUUCGGUAUCCAACUUCCUUCAAAUUAAUUUGAAAUUCAAAACACUGGCAAAUGAUGGACUCAUAUUUUAUGUCACCAAUCCGGAUCAAACAUCUUCAAGUUACAUGGAACUUGUCGACGGUGUAUUAAUAUUUAAAAGUCAAGGGGAAGAAUUGAGAACUGAUCCAGCCGAAAUCAAAUUCAAUGAUAAUGAGUGGCACGUUGUCACGGCAACACAUAAUGAAUCAUCUUUGAGACUUGAUAUUGAUGACAUUAAAAAUUAUAGCACCGAUUCACCACCCCCGUCGCUUCAUAUUCUUUAUGGAAAUCUUUACAUCGGUGGUAUACCAGCAUUGCUACAAACAUCUCAAAACAAUGCAAGAACACCGUUCGUCGGUUGUAUCGGCGAUGCUACUUUGAACGGGAUUAUUAUUAAUUUUGCUAACACAACUGAAAAACCUCAUGUAUUUUUGGGAAAGUGUAAAGGCGGUGAACAGUCACCCAUUACCUCUAUUGAUGAGCCAGAAACAAAUGGUUGGAUACCGCUGUUACCUACAGAAAACCCCGAUGACACUACUGAAGGCACAACACAAAUUAAUAUAGUGGACAUUGAAUUAGAAAAGGAAGAUGAGGAUGAAGAACCUGGUUUGGAAGGACGUGUUCAUCAGAUGGAAUUAACAACUGAAAUAAUUACAACAACCACUCCAAAACCAACUCUAUCUCAAACUGUUGACCAAUGUCAUUUACCUUAUUAUCCAGCUACCGAUCCUGACCUCGAAAAUGCAUGGAGAUUCGGUACUACAAACAACAGCCGAUUGGAAUAUAGAUCUAUAAAUGGAAGAUAUAGAGAUUACUAUGACUUCCAAAUUAACAUUAAAACAAUGUCUGACAAUGGAACUGUUUUCUUUGCCACAGAUUUAAAUAAACAAGAUAUGAUCGCUUUAUAUGUUCUCGACGGAAAGAUUCAUUACAAAUUUGACUGUGGAAGUGGACCAGUUGUACUUAUGAGCGAUAAAUUAAUAAAUGAUAAUCAAUGGCAUUAUAUUGUUUUUAAGAGGGAUAAACAACUUGGACAACUUUCUGUAGAUAAUGAAACACCAGUAAUCGGCUCUUCUCAAGGAAACACUGAAGCUAUCAGUGUUAAUCCACCAUUUUUUGUAGGAGGUGUAUCACCAGAAUUGUUUAGCGUGACGCAGUCAAGAAUAGGCUUAAGCACAAUGUUCAGCGGAUGUUUAAGCAAUUUUAUGAUGAACGGUCAACCUGUUGGUGAACCUGCAAUUAAAGUUGGUGUAAUACCAUGUUCAACGCGAAUAGAACCAGGGCUGUUCUUCUUCCCAGGAAACGGUAGUAAUCUGUUCAAAGCAAUUGAUCGAUUUACUGUUGGGCGUAAUAUGGACAUUCAAAUGGACAUAAAACCACGUAUAACUUCGGGACAUUUACUGUCAGUUCAUGGUAAACGCGAUUAUCUAGUUUUGGAGAUGAUUAAUGGUACUGUUAAAUUUCUUGUUAAGACCACUAAAGGUUCUAUAGAAACUUCGUUUGAACCAUCCAAACCUAAUUCCUUAUGUGAUGGUAAUUGGCAUAAUAUUCGAGCUGUAAAACAGAAAAAUGCUGUACUUUUAUCCGUUGAUCACAAAGCUGCUCCAAUAGGAAUUGGUGGUAAAAAUGUAGCAGCAGUAUUGUCAAAGCAUCCAAUAUUCAUUGGAGGUCAUCCUAUGCUGGGUAGAAGAUUACGUGGCAGCACAUCACAGUCUCAAUAUGUUGGUUGCAUAAACAAUGUAUACAUUAAUAUGAAAUCCAUUCAUUUGGGUCCGGAACGAGCUUAUGGACGAGUUAUUGCGGGUGUUUGUCCAACAAUAUAAGUGAGUAAUAUUAUUUGAAGUUGGAAGUGUACGAAGUACAAUUAAAUCUUUAUGUGGUGAAUGCGUCAACUAGAGUGUACAAUGCUAAUAACACUCUAACACUCUUUUUAAGCGCAGAAAAUAUUGUGUCACAGGCAUAGUAAUAAAAUAAUUACAAAAUACUCCUUAAGAACCUCACGCCUAGUCUAAAGAGUAAUGGGCAAAAGACUGAGUUUUGCAUUUCCUUUACAUUCAGUAGGAAGCAUUUCAUAUUGCCAAUACAAGUAAUAACGAUUAUAGAAUAUUUUGUAUUGUACGUAGUAGAAAUUUAUACUUGGCACAAUUAAGUUCUUAAAAUAUUUUCAAUAAUUUUGAUUUAAUUGUAUUGCAUAGCCAAAGAGAAUUUAUUAAUAAAAAAAAAAUGUAAAAUAUAAAUUACUAUACAUUCAUUAAAAAAUAUCGUUUGUUUAUAUUUUAUUCAUAAGAUGAAUCACACAAAAUGAACUAAAUUUUGAUUUUAUGUACGUACGAGAAUCUUAUUGGUUUGUAUAUUUUUUAUUAAAUAUGAUAAAAUAUAUUAUUUGGAAAUGUUUAAAUGUAAUAAAAUUUAGAGAAUGAAAGAUUAAUAUGAUGUAUAAAAAAUGGAUAUAUAUAUAUUUUUUUGUUUUCAUGUUUUUAAUUGAGAAAAAAAUUAUAACAUACGCCAGCUUUAGGAAAAAAUUUGUGUAAUUCAUCUUUCAAAAUACUAUUCCUCUGAUUUUCACAGCACAGAUAAUUCUAUCGUAUAUUCUUUUACAAGACAAACUUAUUUAAAUAUAUAUUUUAUCUACCUUGUUAGAGUUUCGUAAAUAUCAUAAAUGAAACAUUUCUAAAUUAUAAACAAUUCAUUUUAAUAAGUAAAAUGUUUUAAACAUGGCUCUUUGAUGGAAUAAAAAUUAUUGUAUAUAUACACAUGAGAAAUUACAUAUAACAUUAAUAUACAACACUUUGUACAGAAAUUAUAUUUAUAUAUAAGUCUUUAAAUAUAUGCUAUGCUUGUCUUUCUUCUUUUUUCUUUCUUUCUUGUAAAUUCUUUUAAAUACUAUUUCGAAGACCACGUAAUUUGCUUAACAAAUAAAAUUAUUGCUGCUAUAUUAAUGGCACACACACUCUUCUGGUAUUUUUAUAAAUUAAUGAAUUUAAUAAAUAUCGAUAUAUAUAUUAUUUUUAUAAUCACAUGUUUUUUCGUAUAUUAUGGGAAUUUGAAUGGACAGCAGUUACACGUAUCUUUAUCUUAUUUCAAUCCUGAUUAUUUGUAAGAAGACAAUUGUUACAUAUAACCAUAAGUAUAUUAAAAUGCAAA